AACAAUGGUCCGAAACUCAACGAUGAGGUCACAUGCUCUUUGAAAUUGUACCGUAUAAUACAAAUCUUUCUAGAUAAAUACGAGAAAGCUUAUCAUCCGAAAUGUAGCAGCGGCCGCGAACCAUACUCAAUACCUAUGGACGGAUAUCGACGAAUUUUAUUCGGAAAAUCAUGUAGGGACAAUUUCUGUCCAUCUGGAUAUAAAUGCGAAGAAGCUGACAUUUUCGCUUACUGUUGCUAA